AUGUGCAACUGUAAUAAAGGUUCCGGCGGCUACCGUGGUCGCUCAAGAUACUCGCGAGCCGAUGCUCACGCGCCAUCGCGACCGCCCACCAUCGUAGUGACGCCGAUGCCAAGACGCUCUAUGUUCAGGGAUGCUGCGGCCGUGGCGGGGGGAGUUACUGUCGGCACUACCAUGGGACACUUAGCUGGCGAGGCAAUCUCAAGUUUGUUUACUGGACGACGCAGAGAAGAGGUGGUCCACUCGUUACCUCAAAAUUAUCAAAUGGGCACAGAACCUUCAGGACCUUGCGCAUAUGAAAUAGCCCAAUUUUUAAAUUGUGCUGCAAAUAAAGAAAAUCUUGAGGAAUGCCAAGCCUUUAAUGAAGCCUUAAGGGAGUGCAAGAAAAGAAAUCAUAUUCCCUAA